AUGCACCACCAGCUGCUCACAUAUACAAAAAGCAUCACGGCCGUUCUUCACGCUUACGGCGCGGCCCUCAAGAGUCGUAACGUGGAAGAGGCUGUCGCUCUAUACACCUCCGAUGGCGUGAUCAUGCCGCCUCAUUUCACAGCCGCUGCAGGCACUCCAGCUCUUCGCGAGUCCUACACACGCAUAUUCUCUAGCAUCCAACUGGUCAUCAAGUUUUCUAUUGAUGAGAUUGUUGUCAUGUCCCCAGAUUGGGCAUUUGCAAGGACUACAGCUGAGGGAACCAAGACGAUGCUGGCGACACAGGAGUCGGAGGAGCAUGCCAAUCAGGAGCUCUUUAUCAUGAAGAAGGAGGGCGGGAGCUGGAAGAUUGCGAGAUAUGCGUUUUCAACGAUGAAGCCUUUGGUUCAGAAUGGUAAACAUGAGCAAAAGAACACUUAG